CGGGGGUGGGGAGGGCGGAGGCGGGGGGCAGGACUGGGGACAACAUGGACACCACCACUCCGACCUCUCAAGGCGAAGAGAAGAGAGAGACCCGAGUGGUCUUCUCGUCCACAUCAUCAUCAGCUGCUGCCGCCGCCGCCUCCGGGAGGAAGUCCUCCCAACCCCAACCCCAACCCCACCCGCACAGGGACUCGCUGGGCUUCCUCAAGGGCGACUGCAACGCCUCGGACCUGAUCCUGGCCGACGAUGGCGACCACCCGAUGGGCAGUCAGGGCAGCUUCAUGCACCGCCAGUUCAGCGCUAUGCUCCAGCCCGGGGUCAACAAGUUCUCGCUCCGGAUGUUCGGCAGCCAAAAGGCCGUGGAGAGGGAGCAGGAGAGGGUCAAGUCGGCCGGAGCCUGGAUCAUCCACCCUUACAGCGAUUUUCGGUUUUACUGGGAUUUCACAAUGUUGUUGUUUAUGGUUGGAAAUCUGAUCAUUAUCCCAGUAGGAAUCACCUUUUUCAAGGAAGAAACCACAACCCCUUGGAUUGUCUUUAAUGUGGUGUCUGACACCUUCUUCCUCAUGGAUCUAGUGCUAAACUUCAGAACUGGCAUUGUCAUCGAAGACAACACAAAGAUCAUCCUGGACCCUCAGAAGAUCAAGAAGAUGUAUCUGAAGAGUUGGUUCAUUGUGGACUUUGUCUCCUCCAUCCCCGUGGAUUAUAUCUUUUUGAUCGUCGAGAAGGGGAUUGAUUCGGACGUUUACAAGACUGCCCGUGCCCUCCGCAUAGUGCGCUUUACCAAGAUUCUCAGCCUCCUGAGGCUCUUGAGACUCUCGCGGCUGAUCAGAUACGUUCACCAGUGGGAAGAGAUCUUCCAUAUGACCUAUGACUUGGCUAGUGCUGUGAUGAGGAUAUUUAACCUGAUCGGGAUGAUGCUGUUGCUGUGUCACUGGGACGGUUGUUUACAGUUCCUGGUUCCGUUGCUCCAGGAUUUCCCGAACGACUGCUGGGUGUCGCUAAACAACAUGGUGAACGACUCGUGGAGUGAGCUGUACUCCUUCGCCCUGUUCAAGGCCAUGAGCCACAUGUUGUGCAUCGGGUACGGCAGGCAGGCGCCCGAGAGCAUGUCCGACAUCUGGCUGACAAUGCUCAGCAUGAUCGUGGGAGCAACCUGCUACGCCAUGUUCAUCGGCCACGCCACAGCCCUCAUCCAGUCCCUGGACUCGUCCCGGCGACAGUAUCAAGAGAAGUAUAAGCAAGUGGAGCAGUACAUGUCCUUCCACAAGCUGCCGGCCGAGUUCAGGCAAAAGAUCCAUGAUUAUUACGAGCACCGUUACCAGGGCAAGAUGUUCGAUGAAGACAAUAUCCUCGGGGAACUCAACGAGCCACUCAGGGAGGAAAUCGUGAACUUUAACUGCAGGAAGCUGGUGGCCUCGAUGCCCCUCUUCGCCAACGCAGACCCCAACUUCGUGACGGCUGUGCUGACCAAGCUGAAGUUCGAGGUGUUCCAGCCGGGAGAUUACAUCAUCCGCGAGGGGACCAUCGGCAAAAAGAUGUACUUCAUCCAGCACGGAGUGGUCAGCGUUCACACCAAGGGCAACAAGGAGAUGAAACUGUCGGACGGUUCUUACUUUGGAGAGAUCUGUUUGCUGACCAGAGGCAGGAGGACAGCCAGUGUGCGAGCAGACACAUACUGCCGACUGUACUCGCUCAGUGUGGACCACUUUAAUGAGGUGCUGGAGGAGUACCCCAUGAUGCGCAGGGCCUUCGAGACCGUGGCCAUCGACCGGCUCGACAGGAUCGGGAAGAAGAAUUCUCUGCUGCUCCACAAGGUGCAGCACGACCUGAGCGAGUUCAACAACCGUGAGAACGAGAUCAUCCAGGAGAUCGUCAAGUACGACAGGGAGAUGGUGCAGCAGGUGGAGCUGAAGAAACCUCUGGCCCCGCUGCUCGGGGGCGCAGUGUUCCACCCGGGGGCCUCCCUGCCUGGCCAGUCAGCCAUCGCUACCCUGCAGCAGGCCGUGGCCAUGAGCUUCUGUCCUCCCUCCGCCGGCCACUUGCUGGGCCCCAUCGGGGCUCAGUCACCCAGAACCAUCAGGCGGUUACAGCUGGCUGCGAGCCCCCUGGCCUUGUCCUCCUCCCCUUGCCCCGGUACCCCCAGCACCCCCCCGACACACAGCCCCCUGGCCGCCCCCCGCACCUUCCAGUACGGUUCCCGUGCCCAGGCCGGCUCCCAGCUCUCCCUGACGGGGUCUCAGUCUCAGGCCCCCCACCCGCCCCCCGGCACUCCACCCCGCUCCGCGGCCCACCACAGCACCCACGCCCUGCCCACCGGGGGCUUGUCGCAGGAUCGGAGGCCGCUGUCAGCCUCGCAGCCCUCCCUGCCCCACGAUGCCACCUCGCCACGUACCCCCGCCUCCCCCGUCCCCCCCCACCGCCCCCUCCCCCUCCCCCUCUCCGACCCCCGAGCCUCAGAAACCAGCGGCGGGGCCCAGUGUGAGCAGCCUGGCCCAUCGGGUCUCCACAGGGGCCUUGCUGCAGACCCCAGGCUUGGGGGGGCAGCACGAGACCCCCACGUGUGUUUGGGGCUGAAACUCGCGAACAAGAGGGUCCAGAAAUCUGUCCCAGGGACGCAAUCCGGAGACUGGCCCCUGGCAUCGGACACGCGGGGGUCGCCCUAG